AUGUCGCAAAAAAAAAAAAAAAAAAGAAAUGUAAGGCAAACUCUGCAACCUUGCCUUGUUUGUUUGAAGUUUUUUUUUUUUUUUUUGUGUGUGUUGAUGCUGACGGGGAAGAAGACUUGUUGUUUGGGUUUUUUUUUCUUGUGUUUCGGUGCCUUUGCCCUACACGCACUUCCGCACUUGUUCCCCUUUUACCUUCCCGUUGAAGCACGAGGGAGAAUGCGGUCUAUGGGUGCUGCUGCGCCACCCAUGCAGCACAGAGCUCUUUUGUUCCACGGCCACUCGCGUUCUGCCGAGGAGCAACUGGCAUUCCAUGACAAGUAUCAUGACCGCAUGGCGCGGUUUACCGGCGGCGGGACAGGCGACAAAUACGCUUUGAGGGGGCGAGAUGAAUCUAACGGGGAGUUUCGCGGGCAGGCUCCCGAUUACUGGGCGGAAUAUGCGAGGAAACUGGAGAAUUUGGGGCUCCCACGUGGCGGCGUUGGCGUUUCGCAUGUGGAAUUUGAGGCGGAGACGAAAUCACCGCCACCAAGUGGAACGUUAGACUCUCCUCCCGAUACGCGUUAUUCGCCUAGGCGGUGGGAAACGUACUCGGCGACGAAAUCUCCGGCAAGAUUGCCGGAGGAGAGCGUUCUGCAUCGUCUGGAUUGGCUGGCGCAUGAAAGGAGCGAGCCAGAUGCCACCGAUGUUAUUAAUUUGCUUCGAGAUGUUGAGGACGUGCUGGUCCGCGAGGAGUCACAGAAACGCGAUGAAACGCAUGUUGAGGAAAAUUCUCAGCCCACCGGCAUCGAUUCCUCAAGCUGGCUGCCCGCAUCUCGUAUAAAUGACCCUGGACGGCCCAUGGGAGUUCCACCAGCUCCUCCUUUUCCCACAACGGCUGCGACCACCGCGAACAACACCAACAACAACGUGGAUACAAAUCUCACCGGUAAUAGUCGUUACCGUACUGCGCCACCGGCGACUACCCCGACGGCUGCUCCCUCCUUUCAGCAUUUGUCGCCAGGUGCAUCGCCAGCACCACCGUCAAGAGGAGCGGAUUGGAGCCAGAUGUCAAGAUACCAACAGAUGGAGUGGUACCGCACUUACUACGCAUGGAUGAUGUACUAUGCACAGUACUACGGCUCUGUUCUCGCCUUUCAGCAACAACAACAAAAAAUGGAAAAGGUUCCACAGAAAAACGCAAACAACGAGUUGACGAGCCUAAAAGAACUAAGUAGAGAAUAUAAAAAAUUGGCAUUAGAGGUUGAGCGUCUUAACCAGAGCUUUCGGAGCCAUGCGCCUGUAAAGAAAAGCGUUUCCACCCAAUCGGCUCUUGGGAAUGAAUUGAAGAGCAAAGGACGACGCCGAUCAUCACUUCCACAUGCUGGAGAAGAUGAGUAUACACUCUACCGCUCGGAACACGGUCACUCUUUUCUUCAUGGUGCUCCUACUCAUACCUUUUCAGCUUCACAGGAUGAUAAUGGCCGCGCCGCUACUCCGGAACGUGCUGCGACCGCAGCUUCCAGUGGGGGAAUUCGUUCGAGGGCUGUUCCGCACCGAAAGUCUUUGAAUGAGAGGGAAAACUUGACGCAUGGCACCCCAAAAUCGAACGAGUCAGAGAACGGAAAGGCAUUCUAUGGCCGACAGUCUGAAAUGCCUUGGCUUUUGCCGCGGCGACAUUCACCCGAGGAAUACCAGACCUCUGUUGCUCCUCGGCCAACCUACCGUGACAUCUCGUGGCUGUAUAAGUACGAGGAGAGUGAGACGGAAGAGAAAUCGCAGUCUGGCACCGAAGAGGGGGGGAAUUGGAAAUACGAUGACGGAGAAAGAGAUUCAGACCUCCCUGUGAGUGAAGGAAGGCGUAUGCCUCCCAGUCAUAACGUUCGGGGACAUGAACGGCGUGGAGAGAGGCGCUCGUCUGUCUAUGAGAGAAAAAAAAGAGAGUUAGAGCGAGAGAAACCGCGUUGGUGUUUUUGA